UACCCAGCCGUAGUAGUUCCCCAGCGUGCGCCCGGGGAGAGCAGGAACAUGGCGCUCGGAGCGAUGUAGCAUCCAGAAGCAGAAAAGGUACCUCGGCUUUGCCGCUGACAACCAGCCACCAGAAAUAUCCUGUGGUGAAAUCCUUCUUCUUGUUGCCAAAAUGAACACUGAAGAAAAAUGAAGAAGACUGAAGAACUCCAACAAAAAGUUGAACAGCAGAAAUAGCCAAACUCUUCUGGAGUCUUUAAUUCAUCUACAGCCAUCGUCAAAACAGUUUUUACAUCAUGUUUGGGAAGAAAAAGAAAAAGAUUGAAAUAUCUGGCCCAUCCAACUUUGAACACAGGGUUCAUACUGGGUUUGAUCCACAAGAACAGAAAUUUACUGGCCUUCCCCAGCAGUGGCACAGCCUGUUAGCAGACACAGCCAACAGGCCUAAGCCCAUGGUGGACCCAUCAUGCAUCACACCCAUUCAGCUGGCUCCCAUGAAGACAAUCGUUAGAGGAAACAAACCCUGCAAGGAAACAUCCAUCAAUGGCCUGCUGGAGGAUUUCGACAACAUCUCAGUGACUCGCUCCAACUCCCUACGGAAAGAAAGCCCACCCACCCCAGAUCAGGGAGCCACCAGCCACGGUCUAGGCCACUCAGAAGAAAAUGGCUUCAUCACCUUCUCACAGUACUCCAGCGAAUCCGAUACUACUGCUGACUAUACGACUGAAAAGCACAGAGAAAAGAGUCUCUAUGGAGACGAUUUGGAUCUGUACUACAAAAGCAGUCAUGCAACCAAACAAAAUGGGCAUGUCAUGAAGAUGAAACACGGCGAGGCUUACUAUCCUGAGAUGAAGCCUUUGAAAGCUGACCUGGCCAGAUUUCCUGUCGAUUAUCACACACACUUGGACUCGCUGAGCAAACCGAGUGAAUAUGGUGACCUCAAAUGGGAUUAUCACCGAGCCUCUAGUAGUUCCCCUCUGGAUUAUUCAUUCCAACUCACGCCUUCUAGAACUGCAGGGACAAGCAGGUGCUCCAAGGAGAGCCUGGCAUACAGUGAAAGUGACUGGGGACCCAGUCUGGAUGACUAUGACAGGAGGCCAAAGUCAUCAUACCUGCAUCAGACAAGUCCUCAGCCAGCCAUGCGGCAGAGGUCCAAGUCAGGCUCAGGGCUACAGGAACCCAUGAUGCCAUUUGGAGCAAGUGCUUUUAAAACCCAUCCUCAAGGACACUCGUACAACUCCUAUACUUACCCUCGCUUGUCGGAGCCCACAAUGUGCAUUCCAAAGGUGGAUUAUGAUCGAGCACAGAUGGUCCUCAGCCCUCCACUGUCAGGGUCUGACACGUAUCCCAGGGGUCCCGCCAAACUACCUCAAAGUCAAAGCAAAAUGGGCUACACCUCAAGCAGCCACCAGUAUCCUUCUGGGUACCACAAAGCCACUCUGUACCACCACCCUUCCCUGCAAACCAGUUCUCAGUACAUCUCCAGUGCUUCUUACCUGAGCUCUCUCAGCAUCUCAUCCAGUACCUACCCCCCACCCAGCUGGGGCUCCUCCUCAGACCAUCAGCCUUCCAGGGUAUCCCAUGAACAAUUCCGAGCUGCCCUACAGCUGGUGGUCAGCCCAGGAGACCCCAGAGAAUACUUGGAUAACUUUAUUAAAAUCGGAGAAGGGUCAACAGGCAUUGUGUGCAUCGCAACUGAGAAACACACAGGGAAGCAGGUAGCAGUGAAGAAAAUGGACCUCCGAAAGCAACAGAGACGGGAACUGCUUUUCAAUGAGGUUGUGAUAAUGCGAGACUAUCACCACGACAAUGUAGUCGACAUGUAUAACAGCUAUCUUGUUAGCGAUGAGCUCUGGGUGGUCAUGGAGUUUCUAGAAGGUGGUGCCUUGACAGACAUUGUUACACAUACCAGAAUGAAUGAAGAACAGAUAGCCACUGUCUGCCUGUCAGUUCUGAGAGCUCUCUCCUACCUGCAUAACCAAGGAGUGAUUCACAGGGACAUAAAGAGUGACUCAAUCCUCCUGACAAGUGAUGGUCGGAUAAAGUUAUCUGACUUUGGUUUCUGUGCUCAAGUUUCCAAAGAGGUUCCAAAGAGAAAAUCACUGGUGGGUACCCCGUAUUGGAUGGCGCCUGAAGUGAUUUCCAGGCUACCUUAUGGGACAGAGGUGGACAUCUGGUCUCUCGGGAUCAUGGUGAUAGAGAUGAUUGAUGGUGAACCCCCAUAUUUCAAUGAGCCUCCUCUCCAGGCGAUGCGGAGGAUCCGGGACAGUUUACCUCCAAGAGUGAAGGACCUGCACAAGGUUUCUUCAGUACUCCGGGGAUUCCUGGAUCUGAUGUUAGUGAGGGAGCCCUCUCAAAGAGCCACAGCCCAGGAACUUCUUGGACAUCCAUUCUUAAAAUUGUCAGGUCCACCAUCUUGCAUCGUUCCCCUCAUGAGACAAUACAGGCAUCACUGAGCUGAGCUGAUUCAUAGGAGACAAAGCUAGGCAGGGACAUAAGAAUAAUUCAGGAGAACAUGAGGAAACCCACAGAACAUGCAUUCUAGACCAGCUGAUUGGUGGGACAAUGCGAUGACCGGCAGGGUUCAACAGACCAGGGCAUCUUCUUGUGUCUUAAAUAGGCAUCUCUCCACUGACAGCUGGCAUGGUCAUUUGGACCCUGGCUUUAAUAAGUCAUUAUUAUAUACUUUCAGCCCUUCAUCCAGCAAAUCAGAAGGACUCAGUACAAACUCCGUUAUGAUAUAUCCUAGCCACAUGCAGGGUACCGCAUAGGAUUUUCUAUAUUGAAAGAAUACUUUUCUGGCAAAAAAAAAAGAAAGAAAGGAAAAACAAAAAGCACUUUUUUCUUAAUGGUAGCAGUGUAAUGUAUUUUGCAAUGAAUUUGUAAUUUUUCUGUACGAUAGUUUUGAUAAUUUAUAGUAUUUGAUGUCACGUAGCCAUUGUAUCGGUUGAAGUAAUACUUAUUUACUAGCAGGAGUUUGAACAAAGCCUUUCCUACUUUUUUAUCCCUUUCAGAGAACCAACGAUUCUUUAGGAACUUUGAAUACUGAAUGACUCUCAAUCACCGUCAGCUUUAGUAGAAUAUCUUUCUUAUCUUAACAAGUGUCUUAUAUGAUGGAAGAAGAGUUAAGAGUGAUGGUGAUGGUGUGUACAUUUCACUUAUCUGACCAAAAAUAAUGAAAUAAAAUUUGAGCCACAGUAUCACCAAACUAUUCCUUGGGGUGAUGCCAAAUAUUCUGAAAAAUUACAUUUUCCUUCAAGGAUUAUGGUAGCAAACCAUUUUUGUACACCAAGAUGUUUCCCUUGACACCCACCUUCAAAUGUGUACGGGGACCCCUAGGGCCAAAUCCCACCCCCAGGAGCAAUUUCAGUGCUGGGAUCAUUGAACUCAGUCCCCCAAAUUGAAUGUUUCAGUGACAUCAUGGAAAUUCUGGGCUCACAAAGGGACAGGAGAGUGAAGAAGGCAAGAUGUUUGGUUUCGUUGUCACUGUUUCUAAAACUCUGUGUGCUAGCACACCAAACUCUUGUCUGUAUUUACCUUCGUACCACAGUAUUACUCGCUGUUAUUCAUGUAUUGUGCUGGAAGUCUGAACUGACGAUAGAGGAUGAAUUAGCAAGGGGUAUUUUACCAGGCAUGGUCUAACUUCUGUGGUGACCAUGUUAAAAUGUGUUUCCCACAUAGGAGAGUUGUGCUGCUGUCUAGAUCUUCUCGAAUGUUGAUAAAAAUGAAUGACUACUACAAUACAUUUGUGUUGCUUGUUGGAUGAAUUUGCAUGUUAACUGUAGGCCAAUAUAGAUUUGCCUUUAAAACUCUGGAAAAGCUACAUAGUCAUCAUUAGUUUCUAUUAAUUAUGCAUCAGACAAAAGCCAUUUGUUACCAAACUGGAAACCAGAGGCUUUUCUUAAUGACUUUGCAUACUGUAAUAAAUAUGAAAUUAAAUUUGUGAAAAUGCUCUGGUUGCUCUAAGCAUAAUUAAGAAUUUUGUAAUUAAUAGGUUGAGAAUUAUUUAUUAUAGUUUAAAAGGAAAAAAAGGCAUAAAUGACCUUCUGCUGAUUAUAUUUUCAGUUUUUCCCCAAACUGGAAACGUUUCACCAUAAAUAAAAUAUGUAAUUUUGUUUCAUAAAACACAGAAAAUCAAUGUUUUAUGUAAACUACUAAGUUUUUAAUAUAAAUCUGUAAGAACAGAAGCAAUCUCAAUCCAGAAAAUGGAGUCCUAAGAAGUCAAGAAUCAGACUGUCAUAAUUCAACCAGGAUAAUGUAGAAGUGCAAAGUACGAGACAACCCUUUUUUUAACCAGAAUAAACAUUAAAAAAAUUGCAGGAAAUAAUGGAUUUUGGAUUUAAACAUUUUUUGACAGUGUAUUGGAAACUUUUUCUGUAAUUUUCUCCUUAUUAUUUUUUAAAGUAUUCAUUGAGUUUACCAAAUGUUACUGUAGCUUAAAAGGAUCUGUGAGCACUAAUCAUUGGCAGAAACUGCACUUGCAAAUAAAAAUAAAUGUUUGCCUUUUCCCA